AUGCCGCUGACUGUUCACUCCUUCGGCGAUAAACUCUCUCUGCCUCUCAUCAUCUCUGAACAUACAGAACCGACUGAUGCGGAACAAGUCUGGUCGUUUUCAUCGCCGUACAAGAUGUUGAAACUUGUCCUGUGUGCAUUGUUUGCUACUGCAGCUAUUGCUGCUCCACAAGAGAGAGGUAUCUGGGGAACCGUUGCUAAAGAUUUAGCUAAAGAAGCAGCAAAGACUGCUAUUGCAAAUGAAAUCGCACAUGGAAUCGAAAGUGGGGUUCACUAUGUCGGCAAUAAAUUAGGACGAAGAGGUAUCUGGGGAACUGUUGCUAAAGAUUUAGCCAAGGAAGCUGCCAAGACCGCCAUUGCCAAUGAAAUCGCACAUGGGAUCGAAAGUGGAGCUCACUAUAUCGGCAGUAAAUUAGGAAAGAGAGGUAUCUGGGGAACCGUUGCUAAGGAUUUAGCUAAAGAAGCUGCCAAGACCGCCAUUGCAAAUGAAAUCGCUAGCGGAAUAGGAAGAGGUAUCUGGGGAACCGUUGCUAAAGAUAUAGCCAAGGAAGCUGCCAAGACCGCCAUUGCCAAUGAAAUCGCUCACGGUGUUGGACGAAGAGGUAUCUGGGGAACUGUUGCUAAAGAUAUAGCAAAGGAAGCUGCCAAGACCGCCAUUGGUGGCGAAAUCGCUAGUGGAAUAGAAAAAGCUGGACACUACGCCGUUGAUAAAAUUCGACACCUUUUCGGUUAA